GGCUUUUUUGUAAGUUUUUAGGUUAGGUUGCUGUCAUUAGAAUACAAAAAAAUUAUUUUUUACGUAUUAAUUAUUACUUUACAUGCACACUUACUAACAAUGGAGACAGAAGAAAUAAUUUUGGAAGUGGAAACAUUACAACUGAAAUGCAAGAAACGAGAUUUAAUUGAAAACAGUGACUACUUUAAAGCUAUGUUUGAAGGGAAUUAUGAGGAAAGUAUGAGCAAAUCUAUAAAACUAAAGGAUGUCGAUCCAGUUGGUUUAAAUUUGUUAAUUAAUUUAAUAUCUAACGAGAACUUUAUACUGCAAAAGGAAGACACUCUGCUAGCGCUAGACGCCGCUUGUAUGCUACAAUUCGUAGAAAUUAAAAAUAAAAUCAUUGAAAAUAUAACAGAGACACUGUCAUUGGAUAAUUUAUUAAAAAUAUGGCUCGCAACAGAACGACAAGGUAUUCAUCCACUUUCAUUAAAAGCUAAAAGUAUGGCCUUACAGUGUUUUAAUGUAUUAAAAAAUAGUGAUGAAGUGUUGGAGUUAAAUAUUAGGGAUUUGGUAAGAUAUUUAGGACACAAACAUUUGGAAGUUAAAGAUGAAAUGGAUGUUUUUGAUGUAAUAGUUAAGUGGUUGGACAGAAAUUAUGUUGAACAUAAAAAUAAUACUAAAGACCUAAUAAAAAUAUUAAGUACGUUGGAUUUUAACAGUCUUAAUUUUUCUGAUUUGGAAAAAAUGUUAAACUAUAAAGUUUUUGUCGAGAAUAGGGAAGUUAAUGGCAUUUUAAGAGUUGUAUUGAAUAUAAAGUCUGAAAAUAACUCAAAAAUUUCUUACGAAUAUAAAGAAAGAGCAGAAAAAUUAUUAGAUUGUGAUAAAAGGAUAUCUUAUAGAUAUCCAUGCUUUUUGGGUGUUCUAAGAGGAUCUGAACUAGAACUCUCAAAAUCACCUAAAAAAUCAAAACUUGAAGAAGAGACUGUUAUCUACUAUGAUUUAAAAACAAAUACAUUCCAAAAAUUAUUCAAACUUGAAAAUGCUGAGCAUCAAAAUUUGGAGGGUUUCAAGUUAAUUUCCUAUAAAGAACGUAUUUUAAUGUUUGGGGGGGAAUAUGUUUUGGGAAAAGGCAAUUGGAAUUACAACCAUUGGGCUUAUAAUACCAUCACAGAAAAAUGGAAAAAAGAAUCAUUAAUGGUUGUACCAAGAAGGCAUUUUGAAUCUUGUAUUGUAGGAAAUUAUCUUUUUGUUGUUGGUGGGACAGCUACGUUUAGAGUAGUUCAAGAUGAUAUGUUUUAUUAUGACUUAAUAAAUGGAUGGUGGAGUCACCCAAUUAAACUCCCAAUGUCUGAUAGUCAAACAAAAUGCUGUGAUUUUGUAAAUAAGUUAUUUAUUGUUAAUUUAAGCAAAGAAAAUCCAAUCUAUUACUUUGAUUUGGAAAGUUCCGCAUGGAAAAUAGUGGAAAUCAUAGACCAAGACAAAAUUCUACAGACCAUCAAAAUCUUUAAUGUUUUUUCCAAUAAAGACACUCUAUUUAUUAGAGGAAAUUCUGUGAUAGUAAAAUUAAAAUUCAAUGAACACAAACUUGAAGUUUCGAAAGUUAUAAAACUUAAUCAAAAAAUUCCCUGUGAUGCAAUGGAAUCGGUUUUAUGUGGAAAUACAAUUUAUACUAUAUCCACUGAAAUCGAUCCAGAUAUGGACAUGUAUUCCUUUCAAACAUUUAAUUUAUAUACUGAUAUUGAAUCACAUAUUUUUUGCAAUAGACCUGAAAACCACUUACUGCAUAUUGGUGAGGAUGUUUAUAAAAUUAAACCCAAUUUUAAGUUAUUUGCAUUUAAGCAUUUCAAUAUUGCUGAGGAUAAUUUCAUUAAUAACGAAUUUUGUUAAUGCUACUUUUACUUUUUCACUUACCUAUGUUAAAUUUGUUAUUUUUAUAGAUAUUUUUGUAAAUAUAUAAUUAAAAUUU